CAAAAGCAUGUCCUCGUACUGGGGUAAGUAUUUCUUGAACUGCACACUUAGUAGUCGGCUAACAAGCAUCAAUGUAGAGCUGGAGUAAUUGGCUUACAGACAGCCAGUUCGCUUCUUCAGUCCGGUUACAAUGUGACCGUUCUCGCGAAACAUUUACCAGGCGACAUCUCUGUUGAGUACACUUCGCCAUGGGCCGCGGCAAUGUGGCGAUCCAAUGCCCUACCUCAUGAGCAAGAGAUACAAGAUUGGGACAAGGAGAGCUACGAGACUUGGCUUCAGGAGUGUGGUCCAUUGUCGAAGAGCCAAAGUUCAUGUCUUCGUAAAGGAAUCACAAAAGUGCCGAUGAGGUUGCUCUGGACCGGACCGCAUGAUGUUAUUCCCCACGGUCCAGAGAGCCUAUGGUAUGCGCCGCAUGUCCAGAACUUUCGGACAACCUCUCCUCCAGAGCUUCCUCAAGGGUUCAUUCAUGGAGCAACACAUGAUGGGAUUGCAAUCAACACGACAAUCUACCUUACAUCUCUCGCCUCGACCGUCCACGCCUUGGGCGGUCAGAUAACCAGAGUUGAACUGCCGACAAACAGCGGGCUUAGCGGAGCGAUCAGUCACGCCAAGUCAACUCUCCGUGUCAUGGGCGCCACUACUUCGAUUGACUUGGUCGUCAAUGCCACCGGUCUGGAAGCCUACAGGCUCGUGCCAGACGCCUCUGUCUACCCUAUCCGCGGACAGACUGUCACGGUCAAAGGGGAAGCAGAGCACAUCACCACCAUGUUCUACCCAGAGGCCAACGCGUCCAUAACGCCACGCAUCGGCUCGGGAGUCUCUGUGCUUGGAAGCAGUUACGAGAAGGGCAACUGGGAGCGUACCCCUGACGAUGCGGUCACGAUGAAGAUUCUUGAAAGGUGCAAGCCGCUUGCUCCGGAACUACUCAAUGCCGACGGCGAAUUUGCGGUCGUUAGUGUGAAUGUUGCGUUUCGGCCCGGGCGUAGAUGCGGACCGAGGUUGGAGAUGGAAGAGGUCGUGACGGACGCAGGAGAAACGGUCGUCGUGUGUCACGAGUAUGGACACGCCGGUGGAGGAUAUCAGAAUUCCUUUGGCUCGGCUCGAAAGGUAGUGGCACUAGUAGACAAAUGGUUUAGGAAAGAGCAGAUCUCCCGAGCACGGCUUUGAAUGUGAAAAUAUGGCGCAAAAUCACAGAAUAGCACACUAGAGAACCAGCUCGAGCGGGACUGCUUUUCUUUCGCGAUAAUCUUUACUAUGUGCUUU